CAACUGCACUUGGAUUAUAACUGCUGAAAACGAAAACCAUACUAUUUACGUUGACGUGAUAACUGCCUUCCCACGUCAAUACCGAUCGGAAGAUUCUCCAACAACGUACACAGAUGAUGCCAUUCGUGUCUAUAACGGAGACAAAGCUGAAGCUGGCCAGCUUCUUGGGACAUUCCGUUCAACCCAGACGCCCAAGUACUACAGUUCAAAGAAUUCGCUGUUGAUAGAGUUAUCAACCAAUGAGAAUGUGACCAGCAGGGGUUUCCAGUUGCAAUAUUCUUCGAGACCAGAAAGAAACUGCAGUGGGACGUACCUAAUUUAUAACACACCUGCUUAUAUACUGUCGCCUGGAUACCCCGAUUCCUAUAGCAGGAACCUGGAUUGCGUCAUAACUGUGGUUGACGUGAUGCAACCACCAAACAUGAGGCUCGACAUCCUCUCUGGUGAUGUAGAGGGAGACUACCCGCAGUGUGUAAAUGCUUCUUUAGACCUGUAUGGAAUCGAUGGAAACCAAUGGUUGCAAAUUGGACGGUUUUGUGGAAAUUCAUCAACAUCCCCAGUUGGUCCCUACUAUUCUAAUGGAAUAUAUAUGAAACUGGUAUUCAAAACCGGCAGUGAUACCAGCGGAACGGGCUUCCGGCUCCGUGUGUCUCAUAGUACAAAGAAAGCGAUACCUUUUCAAUCGCCAUUUUGUGGGCCACGAUUCCUUAAUGCAACUACACACCCUAAAAUCCUGAAAUUCCCCGAACUAUCAAAGUUCGCGCCCAACGGUGAAACAUGCACGUGGAUAAUGACUGCGCCUGAUCCUGGUAUGAUGGUCCGUAUCGUCGUACUGGACUCGGACGUGCAGAUUAGUCCUGAUGAUUACUUUGCCUGCGCCUAUAGCCGUGUCACUGCCUACAAUGGACCAUCGCCCUCAAAUGAUACGAUUUUAUUCUGGUGUGGCAAUUCAAGACCAACACUCCAGAGCACUGGAUCAGCUAUGACCCUUCAAUCCAUUACACGCUACUCAAACGGCAGGAAAGGCUUCACGUUAAAAUAUUAUGCAACUAAUGAGACAUCAAUAUGUGGAGGGACAGUCAAUCUUACGACGGAUAAAGUAACAACUCUGACAGGGCCGUAUGAAAAUUCCAGUUCACAAGAUUGCCACUGGACUGUACGUGCCCCCGAUAAUAUGAAUAUCCGUAUUAAAGUGAGAAAAUUAAAGCAAGAAACAGAGCCAACAAAUACGUCAACAACCUCUGAUUACCUGGAACUUUAUGAUGGUACCAGCACUGGAUCAACAACCCCCGGGAGGUGGUGGGGAAAAUCCUAUGCUUACUACAUCAGUUCCGGAACUGUUGUCACGGCCAGAUUCAUCACGGGGGCAUCUGACACAACAAGGGGUUUACAAAUGGAUUUCAAGGCGGGACACUUCAACACCUCACAAGAGAUGCGUCUUUCAGCUGACUAUCAUGACAAAUACUUUGUAUCUACAAAUUAUCCCUUUAAUUACCCGAGUAACGUCGAAUCCACGUGGAAAAUCCAGACGGAUGACUACGAUCAGGUGAAGAUUGCAGUUAUCGACUCACGGUUGGAGAAUUCUGUUGGGUGUUUAACUGACUACGUUGAAGCCUUUGAUGGCUCUGACUCCAGUGCAGCCUCCCUUGGACGCUGGUGUGGAGGGUCUCAACCAAACAAAACUAGUUCGGGCUCUUUCAUGUUCCUGAUAUUCAAAACGAAUUCACAUACAGUCAACAGUGGAUUCCGCAUCUUGUACAUGGCACAUUACAAAGAGAUCGAUACAGAUACCGGCUUCUCGAAAGUUGCUUUGAUAGUUAUGGGUACUAUUGCGGGAGUAGCCCUACUAUGUGGUCUUCCGCCUGCAAUCUGCAAAUGUGCCUCGAAACGAACCGGUGUCAAUGAGGGUAAAAAUAACGGACGCUCUGUGAGCAACCAAGCUCCAGGUGACACCAUGGACACGCCCUCCACUGAGGACAAUCAUAAACGACUGUUAAACAAGAUAUGAACAUGCUUAUAGAAGCACUGUGUACGUAAAAUAAUGUUGCUUUAUUCCGAUCUGUAGAUCAACAUAGAACUGUGUCCAUUUUGUAAUUUUCUUCUAACUAUUUGCACUUGUAAGGCUUUGAAUGAUUGUUCACAUAUAUCUGCGAAUCAAUGAACAAUGACAUCUACAUGUUAAAGGCACUAAAUACGGACCAAGCUUAAUGAUUGCGCUAAUAGGUAAUCCCUUUCAAAUUCAUUGUAACAUUAGAGUUAACACAAUCAACAAACCUUUGAGAAACUCGCUUUUGGUGUUGUGUUCAUAUGCUAGGCAAUCAGAGCAGUAUGUUAAUAUGGUUCCUUCUACCUACUGUUCAUCAACAGAAUAAACCGUUACUGCAUUUUGUGUUAUUUAAUUCCAUGUGAAAUAAAAAUGAUUAUAUUGC